GAGAAAUGCGUAUGCAACGCAGGUAGCCAACGACGACCAUCAUAACAAGAGGAAACGCCUUUCUUUCGCGGCCGCAGUGUUCUUCGUAUUUUGGUCGAAUUCGGCAGCGAAUCAUUGUCUGCACACACGAAUCGGUCGACGCAAGCCGAGCGGACGGCCAAACACGCCCUUUCUGGCCGCAACCGUCGUCCGACUCGCAGGCCAUUCAAUGAGCUAAGCUGGGUUCGGCCGAGGAAAUGAGCAGCUCGGCGCGGGCUGAGGGCCUCCGCCGGGCCUUCACCCUGCCGAGGGGCGCGCGAAAGCUGUUUCGCCGCCCCUCGAUCCGCCGCCUCUUCACCAGGGUAGUGCAGCAUGUGAACGGCUUCAAGCAACCGCACAAGGAUCGCAUCGUGUACGCACCGCCUCCGAGGGACCGCGUGCCGGGGGUGACCGGCCUCCGCAACCAGGGCAACACGUGUUUCAUCAACGCCGUGCUGCAGUGCCUGAGCCACACCGACCUGCUGGCCGAGUACCUAGUGCUCGGCAACUACAAAGCCGACAUCCGCAAGUCAAAGGGCGAGCUGACCGAGCAGCUGGCCGCUCUUCUCAGGGCCGUCUGGUCCGGACAGUACGCCCCGGAGCUGUCCAGCAGCUUCAAAGCCGCGGUGGACAAGUACGGCAGCCAGUACCGCGGCGCCAAUCAGCACGACGCCCAGGAGUUUCUACUCUGGCUGCUGGACAAGGUGCAUGAGGACCUCAACACGGCCACCAAGAAGAAGUACAAGGCCAUAAAGAACUCGUUUGGAAGACCAGACGCGAUCGUGGCUGAAGAAACGCUGGCGAACCACAAGCGGUGCAACAACAGCUUCGUGCACUCGCUGUUCCAGGCGCAGUUCCGCUCGUCGCUGACGUGCCCCAAGUGCCAACGCCAGAGCAACACGUUCGACCCGUUCCUCUGCGUGUCCAUCCCCGUGCCGCAGGACCAAAGCAAGCCGCAGUUUGUUUCGGUCGUCUACCUUUCGCAGCAGCCGCGUCAAGUGCGCAUAGGCCUCUCGAUGCCCGUCGACGCCGAGGUUAAGGAACUCAGAGAGCAGCUCGCGUCCGACACGGGCAUCUCCGAAACCUACAUGCUGCUCACUGAGGUCGACAAUCAGGGCUUCGCCAGGACGCUAUCAGAUUUGCAGGGCAGCAGGGAAUCGUCUGAGACAGACCCGCUGUACUGUAUUGAAUUGCCGCAGCUAAAAGAUGCCAGUGAAGAGAGUGGCGCAUAUGUCCUGCUCGUGUGGAUAAAUGUGCUGCAAGAGGAGGAGGGCAAAUUGAAACGGUUUGGCAGCCCCUACACGAUGCAGGUUAGCCGGGAGACGUCGUACAACGAUCUGCAGAAGCUGAUCCUGAAGGAGAUGCACCCCAUCCUGCACGACGACAUUCUCACCAACGCGCAGGAGGUGCCCCUCUUCAGGAUGCGAGUGGCCGAGGCAGGCCUUCCUGCCGGCACCUACCUCGACUUCUCGCUCGACCACCCUCUCUACAUGGAGGCCGUUGACCAGGCCCUAGCGCUGUGCCCUGAGGACGGAGGCCCCGCCAACCUCAAGCUUGUCCUCGAGUGGGAACCCAAGGCGAAAGAAAGUGUGAUUGCUGAUGAUAGUGAGCAAGAAGAGGAGCUGGCCAGUGUGAAAGAACUGAAAAGCCACUCCGAAGAGUCAAGAACGGCAACUUUAGAAGAGUGUUUCAAGCUGUAUACACAAGAUGAGGUGCUGGGGCCUGAAGAUGCUUGGCAUUGUCCCUAUUGCAACCGAAAACAGGAGGUGGUGAAGAAACUAGGCCUCUGGUCAUUACCCGACAUUCUAAUAAUCCAUCUCAAGAGAUUCCGCCAGUCACCAAAGAGUCGAGCGCCAUCGAAACUGAGCACGAUGGUUGAGUUUCCUCUGUUCGGCUUUGACAUGUCACCUCAUGUUGCGAAUCGUCCUGACGGCGCCGUGCCUAAUGGUGUUGGCUGGUCGCCGUGGAAACGACCAAGAAGACAGUCCAACGCCCGCGAUGACAACGUCUACGACUUGUACGCUGUCUGCAACCACCACGGACAUGACGUUCAAGGGGGCCACUACACUGCCUAUUGCCGCAACCCAUAUGAUGGCCAGUGGUACGCAUUUGACGACGCCAAAGUCGAGGGCCUGGAGGAGGAAAACGUUGUCACCUCAUCAGCCUACAUUCUCUUCUAUCAGCACCGUAGUCUAUCCGGUAGUCCUUGCUCAUCCUCUGCUUCCACCUCUUCAUCUUCAGAGCAUUGGGUCUGCCGCAUUCCCGCAUUUGAUGCACCUGCAAAGUCGCCAGCUGAAACUCCAGUCGAGGAAGCGCCCCCGUUCCAGAGGAAUUCGCGAGGUUAUGCAACCCUCCCAUCGAGUCAAAGUGUUGCAGCAGCGGCGCCUGUUGCGGCAGAAAAGGACCACCACUCGGAUGACGAGGUGGAGGUGGUGGCCGAGUCGAGCGUUUGAGACUGUGAUUUGUGCCUUUCUUCAUUCCGCGCACUUCCUCGAGAAAGCACUGGACAGUUUUGCAUAAAUGAAAUGAUUGUUCGAUUGAGCUGGAUCAUGCAAACUAACUAAGUUGCAACAUACACAUAUUUAUAUACGAAUCAUGCUGCUGCAAGUGCUCGAAUGUAGAUUUACAACCGUUUCAUUGUAUUUUCCUUUUUUGUCAAAUGUUAGAAAAAUGGAGCCAAGGGACCAAAACAAUUUAUUGAGCAAUUUGAAACUUCCGUAAGAUCGAAAUCGCCACUGAUUUUUUAGUAAUGACAAGAUUGAAAUCUGGAAGAAAUUGAUUUGUUACCGAGGCUGAGCACCUGCUGUGAUUGCCUUUUGUUUGCUUUCAUUAUUCUGCAUGUAAUGAUAAAACAAUAAAAAAUCUGCUAUUUUCAACUCUUAUUACAAA